AGAUUUAAAUUUAAAAGAAAGAAAUGGCCGAUGCGGAGGCCGUAGAGACUGGAGAUAAAGAAACUGCGAAGCCUCCAUCGCCAAAGCCAGAUACGGGUGACAGUCCACCGCCACCGAAAACCGAAGUCCCACUCCAUGGAAUACCCACUGGAGCCACUGGAGGAAGUAAGAGACGAAGAGUGGGUGGUGGAGCCACCGCUGGAGGCGCUCAACGUCGUGUGACGUCACAGCAAGCACAAUCUUCCACAACACCGCAAGCGGGUAAGAAGAAUGUCGUUUUAUCGGGCGAUGCAAUGAAAGAAAUGGCGAGACAAGCGAAAGCGGUGAGAGAAGAACGACGCGGUGGCCUCGAUACUAGGCACAAGUGGAUUAUUACCAAGGUUGCUCAAGCGAUGAAUGUGGAAAGCACAACCGUAGAAGAUCAGAUAGUGGGAGAUGACAGAUUUGAACUGAUGGAUUCAUUCUUCGCACCAAACGGGCCGAAGAAAUUGAUGUUUUAUUUCCAGGACACAAUGGCAAGAGAGUCAGCGCCAUCUCGCACUGACCAAAUGAGUGUUUACCCAACCGCCCCUUCGAAGGAGAAACUUUUCCUGACCACUGGCGAUGCCGAACCUUUGAUCGGUGUCUGCUACUACUUCGUUCGAACAAUCUCAAAGCCAAUUACUUCUGCUAACAUCGCAAAUGAAGUCAACUUUGGUAUCAUUGAUGCAAGUGACGGAAACCUACUCAAAGCACUCGAAAACGUGCUUGCUAAGGUUAUGGUUCCCGCACUGCAGGCGCAAGAAAAUUGGGGGAGAUUGACUGUAGCUGGGAGUGAAGGAAGUGUGACAAAAACACAGGAGACUGAUGACUUCUUUGAAUCUAUCGAGAAGUUCAUUGCCACACUCGCAACAGCACGAGGAAACAUGGCGGGAAGAUUUGAGCUUGCUGAGUUUGACAUCGGGUACAAUCUGGAGCAAUAUCGCGGACCAACUGACUACGCUCAUGUUGCUUCUACGCAGGCUGAUCUUGUGGAGAAAUUGGAAACUGUGUUGAUGGGGUGGUCAAAAGAGAUUGAGCAGGUUCUUGCCGAAAGCGAGCAAAUGCGCAAAGAAGCAGAUGACAUUGGUCCAGCAGCAGAAUUGGAUCAUUGGAAACACAGAAUGGCAAAGUUCAGCUCUUUGUUGGACGAGAUCAAAACGAACAGGGUUCGCACAGUAGUUGGCAUUCUUCAUGCCGCCAAAUCUCGGACUCUUCGACACUGGAAAGAACUCGAUUCUAGAAUUACAGAUGCCGCCAACGAGGCGAAGGAUAACGUGAAAUAUCUCUACACCUUGGACAAGUACUUUGGACCGUUGUCGAAAUGCACUCCUCAAGGAAUGAUCGAAGUGCUUCCAGGGCUCAUGAACAGCAUCCGGAUGAUUCACAGCAUCUCUCAAUACUAUAAUACAUCUGAAAGAAUGACGUCACUCUUCGUCAAGGUGACGAACCAAAUGAUCACAACAUGCAAACAUUACAUUAUGGGAGGCAAAGUCAGAGUCUGGGAGAUCGAGAGAGGAGCUUUGUUAGAAAGGAUCGACAAUUGCAGAAAACUGAAUGAAGAAUACCAGAAAGCAUUUCACAGAACCAAGGAAAUUCUACGUCAGAAUCCGAAAGAGCGUCAAUUCGAAUUCAGCGAGAAUUAUAUUUUUGGAAAGUUUGACACAUUUUGCAAACGACUUGAGAAAGUGUCUCACAUGGUUUACACCAUGAAAAGUAUGGCUGGUCUGAAGCAAGUUAAAAUCGAGGGAAUUGAUUCAAUAUACAUGAAAUACCAAAACAUCGUUGCAAACACGGAAAAGAAAAAGUACGAUGUCCUCGACCACAGAAAAGCAGAAUUCGAAAGCGAUUUUGACGAUUUCAAACAACAAAUAGAAGGCUUACAAUUGUCGAUUCAAAUCUUCAUGGAUUCGUGGUUCGAAAAGUCACUUUCUACUGAAUAUCUGCUGAAAUUGAUGAAAAAGUUUGCUGGAAUCGCCGGAGCCAAUCUCGACUUCCGCGAGAAGUACGUGUUACUUCUGAACAAAUACUCGAAGGAUCUUGAGAGUGUAAGAAAGUCUUAUCAGAAGUUUAAAACUGAUCCACCGAUUGCAAGAAAUCUUCCACCCAUCGCAGGUAAAAUAACCUGGGCAAGGCAACUGUUCCGCAAGAUCAACACACCGAUGGAUUACUUCAUCGAGCAAGCUGAAGCCUUGAAAACUCCCGAUGGAAAGAAAAUUGUGAAAACAUUCAAUAAAAUGGCUGCCGUACUGCUGGAAUAUGAAGUCUUAUACCACAGGGGAUGGGUCCGUGCCGUUGAAGCGGUCAAAUCUGGAAUGAAGUCAACUUUAUUGGUCAGGAACCCGGAUACCAACAAACUCAUGGUGAACUUUGACCCUUCUAUCUGGGAACUUCUUUACGAAGCAAAAUACUUAUGGAAGAUUGAUCUGGACAUUCCUGAUGCCGCAUUCAACCUUUGCUUGAAAGAAGAUAAAAUCAAACAACAUCAGGUUGAUCUUCAAGAAAUGUUGAAAGCAUUCGACAAUACAGUUGCCAGCAUUCAACCACUUCUUGUACCGUUGAUGAAGCCGUUUGUUGCCCGCGUAGAGGACGCACUAAGCCCUGGCCUCACCAUUAUCAACUGGAAUUCUCUGAAUAUUGACAAAUACAUCAAGGAUGUAUACGAAGCAAUGAACGAAUUGAAGAUUUUGAUCAAAAGAAUCCAAGAUAUCAUGGAUUGUAGAAUCGAUGCUACUUUGGACGACAUGGGUUCCACUGCACUGUGUGAUUUACCAGAAGAGAAACCUAUUACAUGUGAAGAAUUCGUGGAAAAUACUGAACAGACUGUCGUAGUAUCCGGAGAAAGAUUUGUCACUGGAAGCGACUUUGUGGAAAGAGCGGUCUUCGAAAUUAUAGAUAUUCUGAAAUCUCGAUACACUGAAGCCGAACUUGCAAAUCUCGAAUCACACGCAAAAUCAGAAACCAUUCCUGUUUGGUAUUACACACUACUGGGGCAUGUCUGUCAAAGAAACACGGAUGCUAUGGUUAAAUCAACCCGCCAAUCACUGGAUCUUAUCAAACGACGUCUGCAACAAACCUUCAACAAAUACCAGACCAGCAGUCGAUUCAGCUCCGAAAAAUCUGAUUCAGACAAACCACCAUUGUUCAAAUCAAACAUUGUGUUGGCUUUACCAACGAUUGUGCUGAAGCCAAGCCUGGAUGACAUACAAACCGCACUCAACAGAGCCAUUGAUAUGAUACUGAGUGCAACAAAGGACGUUGCGCUUUGGAAAUAUGCUGACUUGCACAAAAUUCAGCAAGAUAUGGAGGCAGAGCAAGCACGGAAGAUGGGAGAAGAUUUGAAACCUCAAGUUAAAACUAUUAAACCGAUCGACAAGCAGAUGAGCGAACACAAAGACGUCCUCAAAGUCGUGGUCGCGCUUCACUCCGUCAUCAGCUCUUUAAAAUCGGACUGCGACGUGCUUCUAACAAACUUCAGCUACUUCAGUGAGCUGUGGCAAGAAGAUCCGCAAGAGAAAGCAGAAGAAUUUGUCAAGAAAGAACCUUUGUAUUCUGAGUUCGAAUCCCAAAUCAGAUAUUACCACAGCAUGGAAUCCAAUGUUGACGAUUUGCCAGACAGCUAUCGCGUUGGAUCUGUUCUUUUCUUGACAGACGAGCUAAGACUUGCUUUGGUGCAAGAAUGCAGAGCAUGGAAGAGAGCUUUCGGUGGCGCCUUGAAUGAAAAGGCAGGGGCUGCAAUGGAAAACAUCUUCAACUUCAUUGAAAAUCUCGGCAAACGUCUUGGUCGUUCUAUCAACGAUCUCGACGAUGUCCGUGGAGCAAUGUCAGCCCUUCAAGAAAUCCGUGAAGAGCAGACCAAAAUUGAUAUGAAUAUUGCCCCAGCAGAAGAAUCGUACGCCUUGCUGAAUAAAUUGGAACUCUUUUUCAAUGAUGGAAACGCUGAGAGAGUGGAUGGACUUGCUUAUGGCUGGAAGAACCUGAUAGCGCAGGUUGUCACAGUUCAAACUACCCUCCUCGAAGUCCAACCUGGAUUCAAGAAAGACUUACUUGCGGGAGUUGAAAAAUUCCAAGGGGACGUUGGACAAUUUUAUGUUGAUUAUGAAGAAAGGGGUCCGAAUAUCCAAGGUCUUCCACCACGUGAAGCAAGCGAUCGUUUGCAAAUAUUUCAGACCAGAUUCGAUGAAUUGUGGAGAAAGUUUACAACUUACUCUGGCGGAGAAGAACUGUUUGGAUUACAUGUUACUGAAUACACGGACUUACAACGUAUCAAGCGUGAGCUUGCUCUUCUACAGAAACUGUACGGACUCUACAACACUGUUAUUGACAGUAUCAAUGGCUACUAUGACAUUCUAUGGGCCGAAUUGGACAUUGAAAAAAUCAACCAAGAGUUACUAGACUUCCAAAACAAAUGCCGCAAACUUCCAAAAGCAUUGAAAGAAUGGAAAGCCUUCCUAGAUUUAAAACAAAGCAUUGAUAACUUCAGUGAAUGUUGUCCACUCUUGGAAAUGAUGUCAAACGACGCUAUGAUGAAACGUCAUUGGGAUAGAAUUGAAGGAAUCACCAAACAUAACUUUGACAUCGAGAAUGAAAACUUUCAACUCAGAAAUAUUAUGGAAGCCCCACUCUUGCAAAACAAGGAAGACAUCGAGGACGUUUGUAUCAGUGCAGUCAAGGAAAAAGAUAUCGAAGCAAAACUGAAACAAGUUGUUGCAGACUGGAGCGGCCAAGUUUUUACUUUCAGUCAGUUCAAAGCGAGAGGAGAGCUGCUCUUGAGAGGAGUAGACAUUACAGAUGCCGUCGCCCUCAUGGAAGAUUCACUCAUGGUUUUGGCGUCUCUUAUGAGCAACAGAUACAAUGCACCAUUUAAACCUCAAAUUCAAUCCUGGGUUCAAAAGUUAUCUGGAACAACCGAAAUUAUUGAGAACUGGCUUGUCGUGCAGAAUUUAUGGGUUUACUUGGAAGCUGUGUUUGUCGGCGGUGACAUUGCCAAACAAUUGCCACAGGAAGCGAAACGAUUUGGUAACAUUGACAAGUCCUGGCAGAAGAUCAUGCAAAAAGCUCACGAGAACACAAACAUUGUACAAUGCUGUAUGGGAGAUGACACUCUCGCUCAAUUGUUGCCACAUUUGCUAGAACAACUUGAAAUGUGUCAGAAAUCACUUACUGGUUACCUCGAGAAGAAGAGAUUGAUCUUUCCCAGAUUCUUCUUCGUGUCAGAUCCCGCGUUGCUUGAGAUCCUUGGUCAAGCCAGCGACUCUCACACAAUUCAAAGUCAUUUGUUGAGUUUGUUUGACAACGUUUAUCGAGUGACAUUUGACGAUAAAGUUUAUGACAAAAUUUUGCAAAUCAAAUCACAGGAGAAUGAGGCUGUUGAUCUAAAUGAAACAGUGCUCUGCCAGGGUAACGUUGAAAUCUGGCUUGGAAAGCUUCUCGAUGUCGUUCGUGCCACAAUGCAUAGCUACAUCAGGAAUGCGUAUGCUUCAAUAUCAGAUCAACAGAACUUUAAGUUAAUUGACUUUGAAAACGUCGUCAUUGCUCAAUGCGGCUUGCUUGGGAUUCAAAUGAUAUGGACCAGAGAUGCAGAGGACGCUUUAUCACAGAGUAAAUCUGAUAAGAAGAUCAUGCAAAACACCAACCAACGGUUUCUCGAAAUGUUGAACACACUCAUUGGAAUGACCACACAAGAGUUGACGAAAUACGAAAGAACAAAAUACGAAACCUUAAUCACAAUCCACGUCCAUCAAAGAGAUAUUUUCGAUGAUCUGUGCCGAAUGCAUAUUAAAUCAUCCAACGAUUUUGAAUGGUUGAAGCAAUCUCGUUUCUACUUCAUUGAAGACACCGAUCGUUGUCUGAUCUCAGUUACUGACGUCGACUUCGACUAUUGCAAUGAAUACACUGGUUGCACUGAACGUCUUGUAAUCACUCCGCUUACUGAUAGAUGCUACAUCACCCUUGCCCAAGCACUGGGAAUGAGCAUGGGAGGCGCUCCCGCCGGCCCUGCUGGUACAGGCAAAACAGAAACUACCAAGGACAUGGGAAAAUGUCUCGGAAAGUAUGUUGUAGUCUUCAACUGCUCUGAUCAGAUGGACUACAGAGGACUUGGUCGUAUUUACAAAGGUCUUGCCCAGUCUGGAUCAUGGGGUUGCUUCGACGAAUUCAACCGUAUUGAGCUUCCUGUGCUCUCAGUAGCUGCACAACAAAUUUGGAUCGUACUUCAAUGUAAGAAAAUGAAAAAAUCAGAGUUUAUCUUCACUGAUGGAGACGUCGUCAGACUUGACAGAGAAUUCGGAAUAUUUUUGACUAUGAACCCUGGUUAUGCAGGUCGUCAAGAACUGCCAGAAAACUUGAAGAUUCAAUUUCGUACAGUGGCUAUGAUGGUACCUGACAGAGCUAUCAUCAUUCGUGUGAAACUUGCUUCUUGUGGUUUUCUACAGAACCAGACACUUUCUAAGAAAUUCUACACUUUAUACAAACUGUGCGAAGAACAACUGUCAAAACAGGUCCACUACGAUUUCGGUCUUCGUAACAUCCUCUCAGUACUCCGUACACUUGGUGGCGUGAAGAGAGCCAGCCCGGAUGACCCCGAACCCCUCCACGUCAUGAGAGUUUUGCGUGACAUGAAUCUUUCCAAACUUGUAGAUGAAGACGAACCUCUCUUCUUGUCUCUGAUUAAUGACUUGUUUCCUGGUAUUGUGUUGGACAAAGCUGGAUAUGCGGACCUUGAAGCCGCAAUACACCACCAGGUCACUGAAGCAGGUCUCAUGAACCACCCUUCCUGGAUUUUGAAACUAAUUCAACUGUUUGAAACCCAGCGUGUACGUCACGGAAUGAUGGCCCUAGGACCAAGUGGUGCUGGGAAAACUAAAUGUAUCCACAUACUCAUGAAAGCGAUGACAGAUUGUGGCGAACCACACAGAGAAAUGAGAAUGAAUCCAAAAGCUAUAACCGCGCCUCAGAUGUUCGGUACAUUGGAUGUUGCAACUAAUGAUUGGACUGACGGUAUCUUCUCAACAUUGUGGCGCAGAACACACAAAGCCAAGAAGGGAGAACACAUUUGGCUUGUACUUGACGGCCCCGUAGACGCAAUCUGGAUUGAAAAUCUGAACUCUGUCUUGGACGACAACAAAACCUUGACUCUGGCUAAUGGUGACAGGAUUCCUAUGGCUCCAAACUGCAAGAUCAUUUUUGAACCCCACAAUGUUGACAAUGCUUCACCAGCUACUGUCUCUCGUAAUGGUAUGGUCUUCAUGAGCUCUUCAGCUUUGGAUUGGCGUCCAAUACUUCAGGGAUGGCUGGCAACCUUACCACAAGCGCAAAACGAUCAGCUGUGGGAAUUGUUUGAUUUCAUUUUCCAAGAUCUUCUGAACUACGUCUCAACAUCUUGUUUUGCAAAAAUGCCAAUAUUGGAAUGUAUGUACAUCAGGCAAGCAAUUGAUUUGCUCCAAGGUUUAAUUCCGAGCCAUGAAGAUCAAAAUAAAGCGCCGAACAAUGUUCAUUUGUCACGUUUGUUUUUCUUUUCUUUGAUGUGGUCUCUUGGUUCCUUGCUGGAGUUGGAUGACAGAGCAAAGAUUGAGGCUUUCCUAAACGAACAUGAAGCCAAACUCCCGAUUCCACCGGUCAAGGAUGAUGAAACCAUCUUUGAAUACGUGGUCAACGACUCAGGUGAAUGGGAACACUGGAACACCAGAGUCCCAGAUUAUAUUUAUCCGAAAGACUCUGUUCCAGAUUACAUGGGAAUUCUCGUUCCCAAUGUUGACAACGUUCGAACUACAUACCUCGUUGAGACUAUUCAAAAGCAAGAAAAAGCUGUCUUGUUGAUUGGUGAGCAAGGUACUGCAAAGACUGUAAUGAUCAAAGGUUCCAUGGGCAAGAACGACCCAGAAGUCCAUCUUACUAAAGCUCUCAACUUUAGUAGCGCGACAACACCAAACAUGUUUCAGAGAACCGUUGAAAGCUACGUUGACAAGAGAGUAGGUACGACCUAUGGCCCACCAGCAGGAAAGAAGAUGACUGUCUUCAUUGAUGAUAUCAACAUGCCGAUCAUCAACGAAUGGGGAGAUCAGAUCACCAAUGAAAUUGUAAGACAACUGAUGGCAACUAGGGGAUUCUACAGCAUAGAUAAACCUGGCGAUUUCACCACUAUCGUUGACAUCCAGUUUAUCGCCGCCAUGAUUCAUCCAGGUGGUGGCAGAAACGAUAUACCCCAACGUUUGAAACGUCAGUUCUGUAUCUUCAACUGUACUUUACCCUCCAACAACUCCAUCGACAAAAUCUUUUUAACAAUUUCUGAAGGAUAUUUCUGCAAAGAACGAGGAUUCUCAAAAGAUAUCUGCGCUUUAGCUCCGGAGCUUGUCGGGAUCACUCGACGAAUUUGGCAAGCAACUAAAGUAAAGAUGUUGCCAACACCAGCAAAGUUCCAUUACAUUUUCAAUUUGAGAGAUUUGAGCAGAAUUUGGCAGGGCAUUCUCGUCAUUACGCACGAGAGUUGCACAUCAGAAGAAGUUCUUCUCGGGCUGUGGAAACAUGAAUGCCAUCGAGUUGUUGCUGAUCGUUUCACAAAUCACGAAGACAAAGUCUGGUUUGAGUCUAAUUUAAUCAAGACUAUCACCACUGAUAGGCAGGAUUUAGUCGCUAAACUUCCACAAGAACCGUACUUUGUAGACUUCUUACGUGAGGCUCCUGAAGCGACUGGCGAAGAAGGUGAAGACACAGACCUGGAUGCACCAAAGAUCUAUGAACCUAUUGAAUCGUAUGAGCAGCUGAAUGAUCGACUUGCAAUGUUUGAAGAGCAGUACAAUGAAACUGUCCGUGGUGCCAAGAUGGAUCUGGUGUUCUUCAAGGAUGCCAUGGUCCAUCUCGUCAAAAUCUCUCGCAUCAUCCGAACCCCAAGAGGUAAUGCAUUACUAGUGGGUGUCGGCGGAUCAGGAAAGCAGUCCCUUACUCGACUCGCUUCAUUCAUUGCCGGAUACAAAAGCUUCCAGAUUACUCUGAGUAGAACUUACAACGUUACAAACCUGAUGGACGAUUUGAAGGUAUUGUACAGAAUUGCUGGUAAAGACGGACAAGGCGUUACUUUCGUUUUCACUGAUAAUGAAAUCAAAGAUGAAGGUUUCCUGGAGUAUAUGAACAAUGUACUUGCAUCUGGAGAGGUUUCAAAUCUCUUCCAACGUGAUGAAAUCGAUGAAAUCACACAAGAACUGAUACCAAUUAUGAAGAAGGAAUACCCAAGACAUCCACCUACCAAUGAAAACUUGUACGAAUACUUCCUGUCCCGUGUCAGAGCCAAUCUCCACGUUGUCUUGUGUUUCUCUCCGGUCGGUGAAAAGUUCAGGAACAGAGCUUUGAAGUUUCCAGCUCUGAUUUCUGGUUGCACCAUGGACUGGUUCCUUCGUUGGCCGAAAGAUGCCUUGAUUCAAGUAGCAGAACAUUUCUUGUCAAGUUAUAAGAUUGAAUGCACUGAUGAUACAAAAUCGAGCAUGGUCCAGGUAAUGGGCACAGUUCAAGAUCUUGUCGCCGAGAAAUGCGUGGAAUACUUCGACAGAUACAGGAGAGCAUGUCACGUGACUCCAAAGUCCUAUCUCUCUUUCAUCACAGGUUACAAGACCAUAUACUCAAUGAAACUGGAGGAGAUUGGAAUAUUAGCAAAAAGAAUGAAGACUGGUCUUGAAAAACUGGUCGAAGCUGAAAAAUCUGUGAAUGAAUUGUCUAAAGAGUUGGCAGUAAAGGAAAAAGAUCUUGCUGUCGCAUCUAAGGAAGCAGAUGAGGUGUUGAAAGUCGUGACUACAAAAGCUACAGCGGCGGAAGCGGUCAAAGCGGAAGUUCAAAAGGUCAAAGACAAAGCCCAGAAUAUUGUCGAUGUGAUUGCUGUCGACAAAGGACAAGCAGAAGAAAAACUCGAAGCAGCAAGACCAGCUCUUGCAGCUGCAGAGGCCGCUUUGCAGACCAUCAAGCCAGCAGAUAUUGCCACCGUUCGUAAACUCGGCAAACCUCCGCAUCUUAUCAUGAGAAUUAUGGAUGUUGUACUAAUUCUGAUGCAACGUAGGGUCAAUCCUUGUGAACAGGACCCUGAGCGACCAACCUCAAACAAACCAUCUUGGGGAGAAGCUCUUAAGCUAAUGAACAAUUCGGGAUUCCUCGGAAUGUUGCUGAACUUCCCCAAGGACAGCAUUAACGGUGAAACGGUUGAACUCGUCCAACCGUAUUUGCAAAUGGAAGACUUUAACAUCGAUUCGGCUAAGAAAGUCUGUGGUAAUGUGGCUGGGUUGUGCUCAUGGGCUGAAGCUAUGGCUUACUUUUACACCAUCAACAAAGAAGUCUUACCACUAAAGGCGAACUUAAUCGUCCAAGAAGCAAAACUUGGGAAAGCAAUGGCAGAUUUGAACGCAGCACAAGCGACAUUAGACGAAAAGAAUGCUGAAUUGAAGGUUGUGCAGGACCAAUAUGACAAGGCAAUGGGACACAAACAAGCUCUCAUUGAUGAUGCGGAAGCCUGCAAAAGAAAAAUGAUCAACGCCAGUGCUUUAAUUGAAGGUCUCGGUGGCGAGAAGGUGCGCUGGACGGCAGCAGGCAAACGUUUCCAAGAUCAAAUCAACAGGCUUAUCGGUGACGUACUCCUAGCUACCGGAUUCCUUUCCUAUUCUGGACCUUUCAAUCAAGAUUUCCGAAAUCUUCUCAUCAAUUCUUGGAAGAAAGAAAUGGCUGUCAACAAAAUUCCGUAUUCGGAGGACAUCAAUUUGAUUUCCAUGCUGGUCGACAAUGCUACAAUAGGCGAGUGGAAUCUGCAAGGACUUCCCAAUGAUGAACUGUCCGUUCAGAACGGUAUUAUCGUCACUAGAGCAACGCGAUAUCCAUUGCUGAUUGAUCCACAAGGUCAAGGAAAAAUCUGGAUCAAAAAUAGAGAGAAGAACAAUGAAUUCCAGGUCACCACACUGAAUCACAAAUAUUUCCGAACCCAUCUUGAAGAUGCACUUUCUCUUGGAAGGGCAAUGAUUAUUGAAGAUGUCGCUGAAGAUCUUGAUCCUGCUCUGGACAAUGUACUCGAACAAAACUUCAUCAAGUCUGGUUCUACUUUCAAGGUUAAAGUUGGUGACAAAGAGGUUGACGUAAUGAAAGGGUUCAAGUUAUACAUCACAACAAAGCUUGCCAACCCUGUCUACACACCUGAAAUAUACGCCAGGACUUCUAUCAUUGAUUUCACUGUAACAAUGAAGGGACUUGAAGAUCAACUGCUGGGUCGUGUCAUCUUGACUGAGAAGCAGGAACUAGAAGCAGAGCGUGUGGCAUUGAUGGAAGAGGUCACAGCAAACAAAAGAAAAAUGCAGGAACUCGAGGAUAAUCUUCUGUAUCGUCUCACAUCGACUGAAGGAUCCCUUGUGGAAGACGAGUCUUUGAUUCAAGUGUUGAAGGUAACCAAAGAGACAGCAGAAGACGUCAGUGAGAAACUUACUGUUGCUGCAGAAACAGAGGUGAAGAUCAACACAGCACGUGAAGAAUUCCGACCCGUUGCAACUCGAGGAUCGAUUCUAUAUUUCUUGAUCGUGGAAAUGUCUCUUGUGAACGUCAUGUACCAGACCUCUCUACGCCAAUUCCUUGGGCUUUUCGACUACUCUCUCGAGCAUUCGGCAAAAUCACCAAUUCCAGCUAAGAGAAUAUCAAAUAUCAUUGAGUAUCUUACGUUUGAAGUGUUCAAGUACACAGCGAGAGGAUUAUAUGAGGAACACAAGUUCUUGUAUACGCUUCUACUCACCCUAAAGAUCGAUUUAAAUGCUGGAAACAUUACCUAUCAAGAGUUCCAAACCUUCAUCAAAGGCGGUGCAAGUUUGGAUAUGAACGCCGUUGAGCCCAAACCAAAGAAAUGGAUUCAGGACAUGACAUGGUUGAAUUUGGUGCAGCUGAAUAAACUUCCACAAUUCUCACAACUUCUGAACCAAGUCAGCAGAAAUGACAAGGGAUGGAAAAAUUGGUUUGAUGAGGAGGCACCAGAAGAAUUUACAAUGCCGGAAGGUUACUCGUCCUCACUUGACACUUUCAGGAAGUUACUCUUGAUCAGAAGUUGGUGUCCGGAUCGUACAACAGCACAGGCUCGUCAUUACAUUGCUUCGUCCAUGGGUGCCAGAUACACGGAGGCUGUUAUUCUUGAUCUUGACGGGAUGUUGGUUGAAUCGACAGCAAGAGAUCCCAUGGUUUGUUUCCUGAGCAUGGGUUCUGAUCCGACUGAGAAUAUUGAGAGACUAGCACGAGCCAAGGGAAUACCCUGUCGUGCUCUCUCCAUGGGACAAGGUCAAGAGGUCCACGCAAGACGAAUUGUGACUCAGUCCUUCCAGGACGGUGGAUGGGUCUUGCUGCAGAAUUGCCAUCUUGGACUCGAUUACAUGGAUGAACUACUCGAUCAGCUUGCAACUACUGAAAGCAUCAAUGACGGGUACAGGACUUGGGUCACGACUGAGGUUCAUCCUCGCUUCCCUAUCAACUUGCUUCAGACUUCGAUCAAAUUCACAAACGAACCACCGCAAGGAAUAAAGGCUGGUUUGAAGCGAACUUAUGCCGCCAUUACUCAAGAAUUCCUCGACAUUUCUAACAUGCCACAAUGGAAGCCAAUGUUGUUUUGCGUUGCAUUCUUGUACACGACAGUCCAAGAAAGACGUAAGUUUGGACCUCUGGGAUGGAACAUUCCUUACGAAUUUAACCAAGCUGACUUCACAGCCAGUGUGCAGUUUAUUCAAAACCAUUUGGACGACAUGGACAUCAAGAAGGGUGUAUCCUGGAACACAGUACGCUACAUGUUAGGCGAGAUCCAGUUUGGCGGAAGAGUCACAGAUGAUUUGGACAAAGAAUUACUCAACACUUAUUGCAAAGUGUGGUUCGGUGAACACAUCUUCUCAGACAAGUUCAUGUUUUACAAAGGCUACGUCGUUCCAAAAGUAAAAACGAUUGGCGAAUACCACACUUACAUCGAUAAUCUACCAUUGGUCGACACCCCGGAAGUCAUGGGAUUGCAUCCGAAUGCUGAUAUCACUUAUCAGACCAACUUUGCAACAACCGCUCUUUCAACUAUCGUUAGUAUCCAACCGAAAGAAUCCAGCGCUGGGGCAGGAGAAACCCGUGAAGAUGUUGUGAAAAGACAAGCUGAAGAGAUUCUUGGAAAAUUACCAGAUGAUUUCUUACCUCAUGAGGUCAAAUCUCGCCUACAGAAGAUGGGUGCCAUUCAGCCAAUGAAUAUUUUCCUCCGCCAAGAGAUUGAUCGUAUGCAGAGGGUCAUUACUAUUGUGAGAAACACACUCAUAGACUUGAAACUUGCUAUUGACGGUACCAUCAUCAUGAGCGAGAAUCUGCGUGAUGCUCUUGAUCAAAUGUUUGAUGCCAGAAUUCCAAAAGCUUGGCAAAAGGUAUCAUGGGACAGCACCACUCUUGGAUUCUGGUUUACUGAACUUCUGGAAAGACACACUCAAUUCCACAGCUGGAUUUUCGAUGGAAGACCAAACCAAUUCUGGAUGACCGGAUUCUUCAAUCCUCAGGGUUUCCUGACGGCUAUGCGACAAGAGGUGACCCGUGCUCACACUGCUAAAGGAUGGGCCUUGGACGGUGUCGUCUUGCACAAUGACGUCACAAGAUCAAUGAAAGAGGACAUCACAUCUCCUCCACCAGCUGAUAUUGGCGGCGUUUAUGUUUAUGGUCUAUACCUUGACGGGGCGGGCUGGGAUCGUCGCAACAUGAAGCUGAUUGAAUCGCAGCCAAAAGUGCUUUUCACAAACAUGCCGGUAGUCCACGUCUACGCUAUUAACACCGCAACAUCUGGAAAAGAAGAUAAAGAUAAGAAAGGAGCAGCAGCUAUGAAUAUCUUGGAGUGCCCUGUCUACAAAAAGCCUCGUCGUACAGAUCUUACCUUCAUUUUCUAUCUGAAAUUACGUACCGUACAGCUUCCUGAGCACUGGAGUCUUCGUGGUUGCGCCAUAUUAUGCGAUACCAAAUAGAAAAGGAGAGAAUUAAAGAAGAGAUUAUUCAUGCGUGUUAUUUUGAUGACUUUAUGAUGUAACAAUACUAUAUUUGUAUAUAUAUAUAGAUUUGCCGUGAGUGUGUAUUAUCUUUUCAUUUUGAGUUACUAUUAGCAUUGCCAUCAGGCGUUCCAAAUAAGUUUCAGUUUGGUAAUUUGUUUAUUUUUAUUAUUUCACUUCGGAGGAAAAGGAGCCAUUACUUUUUGGCCAAACGUAGUAAGCCAUUUGAGUGCUUUUUGUUUUAUUUUCAAUAAAAUAAUCUGCAACCAGAAGUAGUAACUGUUUAUUUACAUAAUGUGUCGAUUUAAUUUUUUUUUUUUGCAUUUGAACGAUUCUAGAUUUAGUUGCAAAUACAAGCCCAUAAAGCCGUUUUAGUGUAUGUAGAAACGGACAAUUUCAUUUUUUUUCUUGGGUAUAUAUUUGGUUUGGCUGAAUAAUCUUCUAUUCUAUCAAGCAUUUAUGAUCUAAUAUACAUAUAUAGCUUAUGAUAGUUUAUCUAAUAUUGUCAAUUUAAAAACAGCAUCAAAAUUUUGCGACUUUAUUUAUAUUGAAUGUCAUUUUUGUUCGCAAUUAUAACCAAGUUCUGUAAUUCGCCAAACAGCUGAAACAAGUAUAAUAAUCCAUGUGGUAGAUUUAUAAUAUGAAAGUUUUGUAAAAUAUUCAUAAUUAGAGUUAUUUGAAAUAUUUAUUAUUUUCAUACCAAUAGCUUUAAUAGUCAUUCUUCCAAAAUUAAUAGUCCAAAUUUCAAAUGUGACCUGGUAUAAUUUUCUUGGAUAAAACUUAUUUAUUUCCCCAGAAUUAUUUGAAAUGUUUAUUAUUUUAUAACUCAUAGCUUGAAUUUUAUGAUUCCAAAAUUAUUAGUCCAAAACUCAAGUAUAAUUUACUUUCGUAAAACUUAUUUAUUACUCAAAAUUACAAACUAAUCGAAACACAUUUACAAAAAUGUAAUAAUCUUCAUAAAGACAUGUAACGUUUCUAAUUUUUAUUUAUUGUAAGUGGCUUCUGUAAUCCAUUUUACCACCUAAAUCACAUUAAUUCUUCACGUUAUAAUGGUUGUAAUGUUACAUCCAGCGACUCUAUUUUUUUGUGAUUAAUUAUUCAAAGCCCCGCUUUAUCGUGUAAAUAUGUGUUGUGUGAAUUACUAUAUUUAUAUUACAGCUUGAAGAAUUUACCUGAAAAAAGUAGAUUUUAAAUAUAUUUUUAUUUAAGUUUGAUUUAUAAUAAAUGUACAAGUUAUGAUACCAUCAAGUGUUAUUUUAAGUAGUUUACUGUUGAAAAUUUUGUAACAUUCACAUGUGUUUCACAGUAAUUUGAACUGUUCGUUACUUGUUAAAUGCAUAUCUUUUAUAAAAUUUUCGACUUUGUGAAAUAGACCUAUUAAAAGUUUUCUCAAUGAAUUUAUUAUCGAAAUAUUUGAUGUUUCAUAAUUUUACGAUAAUUGCAACUUUUCCACAAAAGAUUUUCUAAUGAACUGUGUUAUAGAUAUAAAGUUUGUGUUUUUGCUUGUAUUGGAUAAAAAUCAAAUAAAAUUAG